AUUCGGUUUCGUUUGUUGUGCUGUUUCGGUGACUUCAGUACUCUGACUCGUGGCAGGAAGAGUUAACAGACUGUGAGUGGUCAAACUACAGCAGGUCUUGAACGCAGCAUGAUCAGUUGGUGCGUGGACAGGUGAAGGUGUGGCGCUGUGUACCUGUCUCUCUCUCUCUCUCUCUCUCUCUCUCUCACUCACACACACACACACACACACUGAGGAAUGGGGGCAGAAGAACCCAGGAGAAGCGGAAGAAACAGAAGUGGACACUGGCCCACGGUUCUGCUGCUCAUCCUGAUCCACGCACAUGGAUUCGUGAGCCAAGAUCUGUUCCACAAACAAAUUUCAAAGCUGAAACAUUACCAGGUCGUCAUCCCUCAGCUUGUGCACCACCGGUGGCAGAGACAUGACACCAGGACGCAAACGCACAAACAGAAAACGGAUUCAGAGAGUUUGACCUACUCGAUUGAGAUCAAUAACACUGUUCACCUCUUACAUCUAACCAAAAACAAAGAGUUUUUAUCUCCUGACUUCGCUGUGGUCUCUCAUGAUGUGCAUCGUAACUCAGUGAAAAAGCACCGAGAGAAACCUACGCUGUGUCAUUACUACGGACGAGUGUCAGGUUAUGAGGACUCUCUGGUGGCUCUGAGCGCCUGUAAUGGACUCAGGGGCGUCAUUUUCAUCGCUAACGAGGGUUACGCCCUCGAACCUGCCCUGAACACCUCAAACAACGAGCACAUCCUGUUUCCUCUGAAGGAUGGGCAGUCAGGCCCAUUUGUGUGUGGCGUGGACAGCCAACGUGACUGUGGUGAUGACGGCUCCUGUGACCACACCUUGCCAAUGGGCACAUUUUUACGGAAAAAACGCAACCUGCCUCAGACCAGAUACGUAGAGCUGGUGUUAGUCGUCGACAAUCUGAGGUUUAAGAUUUCGAAGGGCAACCGCACUGCCGUGAAGGAGGAAAUGGUCCAGAUCGCUAAUUUAUUGGACACGUACUUCAAGCAGCUGAAUAUCCGCAUCGUCCUGGUGGGUCUGGAGAUUUUCGAGACAGGAAACCCCUUUGACGUGGAGGGAGAAGCAAGAGAUGUUUUAGGACGGUUUGUUGAAUGGAGGAAAAAUAAUCUGACAUCACGCAUCAGGAACGACAUGGGCCAGCUCAUCGUGGGUCGAUCAGGAGCCUACAAUGGAGGGAUUUUGGGCAUGGCCUACGUUGGCAGUGUUUGCUCAGCAGGCAGCGGCGGUGGAAUUAGCGUGUUUAGCGACAGUGCGUUGCAGUAUUUUUCCACGGUGCUAGCUCACGAGAUGGGCCACAAUCUGGGCAUGAACCACGAUGACUCACGCUGCAAGUGCGAAGGAAGCAGCUGCAUCAUGUACUCUACCGCCACUGGAUCGAAAUUGUUCAGCAGCUGCAGCGGUACUGAUUUUGAGAACCUGGUCAUCCGGGGAGGAGGGGUGUGUCUGCUGAACGAGCCAUCUCAGGACAGCGUCAUCUCCGUGGCCCAGUGCGGGAACGGGAUCCUGGAGGGAAAAGAACAGUGCGACUGUGGAUCGCCAAAGACCUGCAAAAAUAAAUGCUGUGAUGCGGCUACGUGCACUUUCACAAAGGGUUCGGCUUGUGCUGCUGGCAGCUGCUGCAAAGACUGUCAGCUUGUGGUGUCUGGUACACCCUGCAGAAAAUCCGUAAACCAGUGCGACCUGCCUGAGUACUGCGACGGCCGAUCCGCUUUCUGCCCGUCAGACUUCUAUCUAAUGGAUGGUCUCACCUGCGAGGGCGGCAACGCGUACUGCUAUGAGGGCCGGUGCCAGACAUUGGACUACCAGUGCAAGCAGCUCUUCGGGCAAAACGCAGUAAAAGCUAAUGAUAAAUGCUUUAGCUACGUGAACACACAGGGAACCAGGUUCGGAAACUGUGGUUACUCUGGAUCCAAAGUUGUCCGGUGUUCUGUGGCGAACUCCAUGUGUGGGAAGAUACAGUGCACAAACUUUGACUCUAACUACCCACCGGAUGGGGCAGUCAUCAGCAUCGAGAACAUAGAACCAGGGGUCUCGUGCAGGAACGCCGACUUCAACCUGGGAUCAGACGUUCUCGACCCGGGAUACGUCAAAACAGGGACCGUGUGCGCUGCAGACAAAGUCUGCAUGAACUUCAAGUGUGUGAAUUCAUCAGUGAUGACACAAGGACAGAAGUGUGAUGCUGCAAAGGACUGCAACGGCAACGGGGUGUGUAAUGAUCAGGCUCACUGUCACUGCAACAACGGCUGGGCUCCACCUCAUUGCAACAAAUGGGGCAGAGGAGGCAGUGUGGACAGCGGCCCUGCUCAGAUAGAUUACUCACUGAGGAACGGCCUGUUGAUCUUCUUCCUGUUGGUGCUGCCCAUUCUGGUGCUGGCGGUGUUGGCUUUUCUUUACAUAUACAGACGCGACUCUGUAAACAAGUGCUUCAGGGGCCGACGGUCCAAACGGCAGAGGACAAAUGAAGCAAAUGCUCAGACGAACAACCAGCCAAGCGGAAAUGUCCAAAGACCAGCGCGUCCUCAGCCCCCGACGCCCAAUCCUCCUAAAAAUCCACAGUAUCCAUCUGCCACCCCGGGAGCUCAGCCAAGUCAGGGUUAUGAUGAUGUGCAGCCUGCAGUUUGGAGUUCUCAGCCUCCCAGAAACGGACCUGGAGUUCCUCGACCCAUUCCACCCAGGAACAUCGUCCAGUGACCAAACUCACAAAAGGAUGUUUGUGGAAUUGCACAGAAAUGUGAUGUUGAUUAUCACAGUGAAGAAAUGACCCAGUAGUCUCUCGUGUUAUGUCAUGUGAUUCUGUGAAUAUUCUCAGUGCACAUUUGAGUUUUGUUUACGGUUUGUAUCUUUGCCGUAGGGUGAUUUCUGAUGCCCCUCAUUAGCAUGUUUUUGUUUGAUUGUAUGCACUGUGCUGCUUUCAUAUGAUUCACUGAUUAAAUAAUUGUAUAAUGCAGGUGUUUCUAAUAAAACAACGGGGUGGUGUGAUGAUGGCGUAACUGUUACCACCUCGAGGAUGAAUAUUUUCUUAUAACA